CUUGAUGGCGGCUGCCAUCUUAUCGAGUCUCCUGUCUUGAAAUCCCUAAUUUACACCUAAAAGGCACUAUUUUUCCAAAAUUAAUCCUCAACAACCCUUCGAGGACUUCAAACAAGGAUUUCUAUCGACUUCUGGGGGAUUUUCGAGGCAAUAUCUAGACGUUAACAGUGAUUUUGCUGAAGAACUUCUCGUACCAAGAGGACCUUAGCACAGACAUUUGAGGGGUGGUCUUAUUGGAACUUACACCCGACAACCAAGAUGCCGGCAGUUAAAGGCGAAGGGAUGCGUGGACUGGCUGUUUUUAUCUCUGAUAUUCGUAAUUGCAAGUCUAAAGAAGCAGAAAUCAAGCGAAUCAAUAAAGAGCUCGCAAACAUAAGAAACAAAUUCAAAGGUGAUAAGACCCUGGACGGUUAUCAGAAGAAAAAGUACGUCUGCAAGCUUCUUUUUAUUUUUCUUUUGGGUCACGAUAUCGACUUUGGUCAUAUGGAAGCUGURAAUCUGCUCUCAUCGAACAAGUACACGGAAAAACAAAUUGGCUAUUUGUUCAUCUCUGUUUUGGUCAGUGCAAACAGYGAACUAAUCAAGCUCAUAAUUCAGAACAUCAAAAACGAYCUCUCAAGYCGCAACUCCAUCUUUGUUUGYCUCGCUCUGCAAUGCAUUGCCAACAUCGGCAACCAAGAAAUGGUGGAUCAGCUUGGUUCUGAGAUYCCUAAGCUCCURGUGUCUCCUGAUACAACUGACAGUGUGAAGCAGUGUUCWGCGCUGUGUGUUUUGAAGCUGUUUAGGCUGAAGCAGAGUAUCCUGCCACCUGGAGAGUGGACAUCAAGRAUUGUACAGYUGUUGAAUGAUAAGCACUUGGUAACUACUUUUUUUGUGACAAAUAUAUUGUACAUUUAUGAAUAUGACUUCUCUGUUCAUUUCAAAAUAACUGAGGUUUUGUUUUCURUUUAGAUUGUGACGUCAUCUUAUACAGACCUUCAGGACUAUACGUACUACUUUGUACCAGCCCCCUGGCUUUGUAUCAAAUUGCUCAAACUACUGCAAAGCUACCCUCCACCAGAUGACGCAGCAGUUUCUGCAAGGCUUCAUGAAUGUCUUGAAACAAUCCUGAACAAAGCWCAGGAACCACCAAAGUCCAAGAAAGUACAACAUUCAAAUGCAAGAAAUGCAGUGCUCUUUGAGUGCAUCAACCUCAUCAUUCACAUGGACAAUGAGCAAAGCCUGCUAAUCAGAGCCUGCAAUCAACUUGGUCAGUUCUUGACUCACAGAGAAACUAAUCUCAGAUAUCUAGCCUUAGAAGGGUUAUGUUUGAUGGCAAAUAGUGAAUUCUCUGCCGAUGCUGUCAAAAAACACCAGGAAACUGUCAUAGGUGCUUUGAAGACUGAGAGGGACGUCAGUGUUCGUCAAAGGGCUGUUGACUUGUUGUAUGCAAUGUGUGAUAAGAACAAUGCAGAGGAGAUAGUGUCUGAGAUGCUCACUUAUCUUGAGACAGCAGAUUACUCCAUCAAGGAAGAAAUGGUCCUCAAAGUUGCUAUCUUGGCAGAGAAGUAUGCAACUAACUACACCUGGUAUGUUGACACCAUUUUGAACCUCAUACGCCUGGCUGGAGAUUACGUCAGUGAAGAAGUGUGGUACCGUGUCAUACAAAUAGUUAUCAACAGAGAUGACAUUCAGGGCUAUGCUGCCAAGACAGUUUUUGAAGCGUUGCAGUCGCCAACAUGCCAUGAGAACAUGGUUAGAGUUGGAGGGUACAUCUUGGGUGAAUUUGGGAAUCUUAUCGCUGGGGAUCCUCGUUCAAGUCCAAUGGUCCAGUUCCAACUUCUCCACAGCAARUUCCCUCUCUGUGCCCAUUCUACAAGAGGUCUACUGUUAUCAACAUACAUCAAGUUCAUCAAUCUGUUCCCUGAAAUAAAACCACAUUUACAAGAGAUUUUAAAGAGUGAUUCUAAUCUGCGUAAUGCCGAUGCUGAGAUACAACAAAGAGCUCUUGAGUACUUCAGACUCAGCACUGUAGCUUCACCAGAUGUGCUGGCUACUGUCCUUGAAGAAAUGCCACCAUUCCCUGAAAGAGAAUCAUCCAUUCUUGCCAAACUCAAGAAAAAGAAGCCAAAUGCUGUGAAAGAAAAGGACGAGAAACCAGAAAGUGCAGAGAAACCAACCUCAAAUGGACAAGUACCAAAUACAGAGGUACCGCAAGUCCAUGUCCAGAUUCAUAUGUAAGAAUACUGGUAUAUUGUUUGAGAAUGACCUCGUUCAAGUAGGAGUCAAAUCUGAAUUCAGCAAUGUUUUAGGUCGCAUUGGUCUGUUUUAUGGAAAUAAGACUUCRUCAUCGUUUUUUAAUUUCUCCACAUCACUUAAUGUCCAGUCGGACCUCGGCUCUCGCCUUCAGCUCGAACUUAAACCCGUCAGUCAAGUUGUCGAUGCCGGAGCUCAGGUCCAGCAAGUUCUUUCAGUUGAGUGUUUGCAAGAUUUCUACGACAGUCCUUUAUUAACAGUACAAUUUAGUGUAUCUGGUAUAAGUCAAAAUAUAACCCUCAAACUACCGCUAUUCCUUUCGAAGUUCUGUACGGCAGUAGAGAUGAAUUCGCAAGAUUUUUUCGCGCGGUGGAAACAGCUUAGCAAUCCACAGCAAGAAAGUCAAAAGAUAUUCAAAGCAAAUUUYCCUAUGGAUGGUACAGCAAUUACGACGAAGCUUACAGGAUUUGGUAUUGCAAUUCAACAUAACGUAGACCCUAACCCUGAGAACUUUGUAUGUGCUGGGAUAAUUAAAGCCAAAACAGCUCAGAUAGGCUGUCUACUUCGACUUGAACCAAAUCGACAAGCACAGAUGUAUCGCCUUACAAUUCGUUCAUCAAGAGCAGAAGUAGCGCCUCAUCUUACAGAAUUGCUGUGCGAUCUGUUUUAGUUUUACAAACAUAUAAAAACCAAUUCGACAUCCGCAAGAGUAAUGAAAGCUCUAUUUUCUUGUGGAUGAAUCCAUGUUUUCUUAUAUCGAUAUUAAGGGAAAUUAGUGUACAAACGAACAUGGGUCCGACUUAGAAAACGAAAAUAGUUUUUUCGAUAUUUUGCUUCGAUAAACUCGUUAAACAGUCUUUAUCAAAGGGGAGCUGAAGACAAAAGGGAAGUUGAGUUUGCUUUCUGAAUUGAUUCCUAGUUCAUACGUCGGGCUAUCGUCGCACCGUACUUUUGAAUCAGCGUCGAGCUUUUGCCUUGCAUUUCGUGUUUGGUUCGGCGCAACGAUAGCACAACGUAUCAACCGGGACUUAAAUAUUGAGUUGCACAAACACGUUAUUAGCAUUAGCUAGCUWAUUAUCCAUUCCUACUUCUCAAACUACAAACAUGCCGUCUAAAUAUAGUAUUCAUUUACAGCAGACGGAAACCAACACACGAUUUUUCAUUGUGAGACGAAUCUUCAUGUUUACACAUGUUUGAAUUACUCAUCAGAGAGUGCAAGCGUGGGCUAUCUCACUGUUUUUUGACAGUUUAUCUGAGAUCUCRGUUGUCUGUGAAUACUAUAAGMCRACCAUKAUCAAGWGACCAUGUCUCAAAAUGAUUGUAGACGAGGCUCCGGGGAAUGAAGAAUAUCCGUUAACUCUCCGGAGCCUCGUCUGCAGUUCUUGGGUACAUGGUUAAUAUUCAACCAAAACGUCGACCAUUCUUUUUCGAAAAAUAGAACUAAACCACAUUUUGAUAUUAUCUUAAUUGACGGCUUAUUCUGUGGCGAUUAAAUUCCCUUUUCAAUUUUACCCAAAAAUUCUUGAGAUUCAGUUGUAGACCAGACUUUGCACUUCGGGCCAACUUAGCAAACUUUCAUCAGAAUUGAUGCAUAUAUAUAAUGUAGAAAAUGUGUUUCGAAAAGGAUUAGUAUGGGAAUUUCAAGCAGUGUGCAAGUUAAUGACUCUGAUACCGUUGAAUAAUCAGUUGUGUUAAUUUUAGUAAAUAGGACGCAAAUUUUGCUGAAACUAUUYAAAAUGCGCAACUUUAGUCCGGAAUUUUUGUAAAAAAGAAUUGUUUUACUCGGUUGUAUCRUUUUGUUCUUCAUUCUGUAUUACUAUUUCUAUGUUCUUGGGGUCGGUAGUGAUGUUGCAAGUGUGCUCUAAAUCCUCCUUAUUCCUUGUUUGUGGAUUUUAAUUUAAAAUGAGUUAUUAACCAAGAAAUCUGCUUGGGGUUCCUUGUAAUAGUGGAAGUUUACAAUACAUUAAGCAUUAAGUUUUUAGAAUAAUAUUCCCAAGGGUUGCUAACUUAAAAACUCUUAGGAGCAAGUUUGCGAAAGUAACACUAGUGAUUUUAUUUGACCUUCGAAAAAAACACUCAAAGUUUUAUUCUUCUUCUUCAAAGGCAAACGCACGUUAGAGCCUGAACUUUCGUAAACCAGUUUUCAGCCGUCGGAGUGCCGAGUGCGUCCGGGCGUGAUUCGGAAGAGUAUCGCAGUGCGUACGGAAUCACGACGACUGAAAACCAAGCAUUAAACUUUCGYRGGUCGAGUAAAAUCACUGAGGACAAAAAUGCUGUAAAUGGUAAAAUGAUUAUUGUAGUUUUUGUAAUGAGAUUAGUCGAAUUUAAAACCUUAUUCAAAUGA